AGGCAACUUUGUUUUAUUCUUAGUCUACAGCGGGAAACAUAUUUUCUGAAGCAGUCACCAUAUACAUACACUGACAUAGCUUCUCUGCUGGUAUCGCCAAGAUCAAAUUUUUUCACGCUCCACACUUAACAUGUCUCAUCUCAACUGGGAAGCUGAUAAAAUGUGCCUAAUACACUCAUAUUGAAUUUGACACCUUCUUUGGUUUUGACCCUUUUUUUGUUCCUCCUUCUUCCUCUUUGAUUUCUCUCUUCUGGGUUUUCUUCAUUUUCUUGUGUUGCUUGGUGUUGUGAUCGCUUUUGUCACUGAGGGUUUUGGUUUUAGGGUUUUGUUUGUUGUUAAGUUUUUGGGUUUUCUUGCACCCUCAUGUUGCCUGGUCAUAGCUGCGUGUGUUGCAAGGUUUAUGCAUUUUCUGCGUUUUAGUGUUGACUUGCGUCUCUCCGUUGACUUGCUUCUGCACCUCAUUCUAAUCUUUGUUUUUUUUUGGGUUAUUUUCAGUUUUAAGUGCUUUAUAUGUAAAUUCAUACAUCCGUUGGCAUUUAACCUAUGCUUAUUAAAUAUUUUUUUUGGUUUUAAAUAUGUGAUGACAAUUUAUCUUAUAGUUAUCAACUAUUCUAUGCAUGAUUUGUUAUGCCUUUACCGGCGAUCAUAGAAUUUGGUCUCUAUUACGUCACUUUCGAAAAAUGGAAAAUGGUCCUUGGUGAAGGCGAAUUUGCGUGGAAUGGAUGUUGUGUUUCUUGGGAGGCUUGGCAUCAUUUAGCUUGGAUUAUUUUAUUAUACUUUUCCAUCCAUUUCUAACUCCUUAUCUUUAUGGGUUUGGGUUGGGGAACAGGUUGGAUGUGUAUAUCUACGAUUAUCUUAAGAAGAGACAAUUGCAUGCUUCUGCAAGAAUAUUUCAGGCUGAAGGAAGUGUUUCAAUGGAUCCUGUUGUUAUAGACGCACCUAAUGGUUUUCUUUUUGAGUGGUGGUCUGUCUUCUGGGACAUAUAUAUUGCCAGGACAAAUCAGAAACACUCAGAAGCAGCAGCAUCUUACAGUAAGAGCCAACAAAGUAAGGCUCGAGAAAUGCAGAGGCAACUAGAGCAAGAGCUUCUGAAUGCAAACCCAAAUCAACAAAUGCAUAUGCAGCUCUUAUUGCAGAAGUAUGCACAGCAGCAGCAAAGUAUGGGUGGAACACAGCUUGUUAGUGGCAGUGAUAGCUGUCCUAUUAGCAAUGAUCCUUUGAUGAGGCAGAACCAGGCAACUUUAAAUGCUAUGGCAACAAAAACGUAUGAGGACAGGUUGAAGCUUCCACUUCAGCAAGAUGCUUUAGAUGGUGCGACCAUAAAGCAAAAAGUAGCUGAUAAUGUUGGUCAGCAUCUGGACCCAAACCAUGGGUCAUUGUUGAAAGCAGUAGCAGCAACCACUGGUAGACAGGCUACAGGGCAGAAAUUGCUCAGUGUUCCUAGCAUUUUACUGGGGAAUAAUCAACAAGUUCAAAAUCGGAACCAGAAACUUCCAGUGUCUACACAAGACAUAAAGAGUGAUAUGAAUGCAAUGCCGAGGUCUCAAGCUGUUGUUCCAGAAGGAUCCUCUAUCGGUUGUCAUGGUUCAAAUCAAGGUGGUAGCAAUUUGACUCUGAAAGGAUGGCCUCUAGCAGGACUGGAUCAGCUUCGCUCAGGAUUUCUCCAGCAAAAUAAUUUGAUGCAGUCUCUGCAAUCUUUCAAUCAACUUUCUCUACGGCAGCAACUUAUGCUACAGGCACAACAAAAUUUAGUUUCUCCUUCUGCCGGUGAUUUUGAAAGCAGAAGGCUCAGGAUGCUUCUUAAUUGUCAAAAUACGGGUCUUGGGAAAGAUGGUCAAUCUAAUUCCGUAGGUGAUUUGAUGCCUAAUAAUGGAACACCUGCACAAGUUGGUUCCCCUGUAUUGCCUCGUCCAGACUCAGUUAUGUUCCCUAAGCAACAAGUUCAAAAGAGUAGUCAGCAGGUUCAACAAUAUUCACAGCAUCCUCUUUCAAGCCAGCAGUCUCAGAGUCUCCAGCGGCAAGAAAAAAUUAGUCCUGGAAGCAUGACAGUAGAUGGCAAUGUGUCCAGUACCUUACAAGGAAAUGACCAGGCUUCCAAAAGUCAAAUUGGGCGAAAGCGAAAGCCAGCAUCAUCUUCAGGUCCUGCCAAUAGCUCUGGAACUGCAAACACCAUAGGACCAUCUGCCAAUUCACCUUCCACACCAUCUACACAAACACCUGGAGACAUGAUGAUAAUGUCAACUCUGCAACAGAAUGUUCCUUCCUCUAAGUCAUCGCUUAUGUUUGGUACCGAUGGUUUGAGCUCACAUACAUCAGCACAAAAUCAAUUGGCUGACAUGGACCAACUUGCGGGUGAUGGAUCUAUGGGUGACAAUGUUGAGUCAUUCUUAUUACUUGAUGAUACAGACCCUACAGAAAAAGUUGGCAAAGGAUUUUCAUUCAAGGAGAUCAAGCAUAUAAUGGCAAGUUCACAUAAAGUUGAGUGUUGUCACUUCUCAUCAGAUGGAAAACUGCUUGCUACAGGUGGCCAUGAUAACAAGGCUUCUUUGUGGUGCACAGAAUUGUUUAACCUGAAAUCUACACUCCAGGAGCACAGUGAAUGGAUAACUGAUGUUCGAUUUUGUCCAAGCUUGUUGCGUGUUGCUACAUCCUCAGCAGACAAAACUGUUAAGGUUUGGGAUGUUGAUAAUCCAAGUUAUUCUAUUCGAACAUUCACUGGACAUGCAACGUCUGUGUUGUCACUAGAUUUUCACCCUGACAAAGAUGACCUUAUUUGCUCUUGUGACAAUGGUGAGAUAAGAUACUGGAGUAUUAAAAAUGGUAGUUGUACUGGGGUUUUCAAGGGUGGUGCAACUCAGAUGAGGUUUCAACCUUGUAUGGGAAGACUUCUUGCAGCUGCAGUAGAUAAUCUUGUAUCCAUUUUUGAUGUAGAAACCCUGGGUUGCAAACUUCAACUACAGGGCCAUAACGACCCUGUCAAAUCUGUGUGCUGGGAUUUGUCUGGAAAAUAUAUGGCUUCUCUUAGUGGUGAUCUGGUUAGAGUCUGGACAGUUGGAUCUGGUGGCAAAGGGGAAUGGUUACAUGAGUUGAAUGCAUCUGAGAACAAAUUCAACACCUGUGCUUUCCACCCUUUCUAUCCUGUGCUGGUCAUUGGUUGCCGUGAGACUCUUCAGCUGUGGGACUUCAGUGAGAACAAGACAUUGACUCUUAAUGCGCAUGACAAGGUUGUAUCUUCCUUGGCAGUUUCAAAUGUUACUGGGUUGCUGGCUUCAACUAGUCAUGACAAGCAUUUCAAGAUAUGGAAGUGACUUGCACUUUGCCUCGUGGUAUUGACAAUGUAAAUAGAUAUUCCAUGGCUGCAAACAUAGGUGUUUUCCUUUGUAUAUGUCCUUUUUGUUCCUUCUUCCUUAUAUAGGUUCUCUUUAACAGUAAAAGGGAUGUUUUGGAUUUUGGCCUCGUCCCUGUUUGCCCAUACAAGUCAUACGACCCUUCUGAAAAAUUUCUCUACACGUUGGUUUAGAAAUUGAAAACCGUAUAUCAUGAAAGUGGUAAACCUCACAGUACAUAUACACGUUAUGAAAUUUUACUUGGGAAAUAUCAAUGUUUACUUGGCCUAUAUGUGUAUACUCCAAAUUCCCCUCUCUUUGUCAUAUUUAUACUUUUGGUCCGGAAGAGUGUACUUGAAUUUAUCAUUGCUAUUUAGUUAGAAAAAAAAAGAUACAAAGUUGACU